GGGGCGGGACAAACCUCUGGGCAUUUGUUGCCUGUCAGCCUCGCACUUAGUGAAGCAGUCUGUCAAAGAAGAAGGGAAGAUGGCGAGAGGUUGUCGGAGUCUGCGGAAAGUUGCUGAGUGCAUGAAACAGUUACCUUCCACAGCCAAACGGGAAAUACAGACGAGGAACAACGUAAGAUAUCUUUCAUCAUGUGGGAUCCUGAUGACACGCGUGCCUCCCCUGCUGAGUGCUGCAAUGACCGGGCGUGGCAUCGUGUUGCCUGCCCGCAGCUUCUUCAACAUCGCUGAUUCCUUCUCCAGGAGGAAAGAAUACUCGGAGAGACGCAUCAUUGGGUUUUCCAUGCAGGAGAUCUAUGAGGUGGUGGCCGGUGUGGAAAACUACCGCCACUUUGUCCCCUGGUGUAAGAAGUCUGAUGUGGUGUUUAAACGAUCCGGAUUCUGCAAGGCCAAACUAACUGUGGGCUUUCCACCUGUGGUGGAGAACUACACCUCUCUCGUCACCACAGUGCGCCCCCACAUGGUCAAGGCAUCCUGUUCAGAUGGUAAACUGUUCAACCACUUGGAGACGGUUUGGCGUUUCAGCCCUGGCCUCCCAGGCUACCCUCGUACCUGCACCGUGGAUUUUGCUAUCUCCUUUGAGUUCCGUUCUCUCCUCCACUCCCAGCUAGCUCACGUGUUCUUCGACGAGGUGGUUAAGCAGAUGGUCUCGGCGUUUGAGCGCCGUGCCUCCAAGAUACACGGUGCUGAGACGGCCAUUCCUCGUGAGCUCAUGUUCCAUGAGGUGCACCACACGUAGCGUCACUCCUGCCGCAAAAAACACAGACACGCACGUACACAAUACCAGAGAGAGAAAUGAGGGAGUAGAGAGAACAAAGAGACUACCUGUGUUCUAACUGAAAACUGCAGUGCCUUUCUUACAGCAACGACCAAGUUUAUUCCCAGCAACUUCCUAUAUCCUAUAUUUUUUUUUAUCAUUGAUGAUGGUCCACCAGCUAAUUGUGACCUUGGUGUUAAACACAGACUGACUUGCAGGGUUGUGAAACUGAGUUCACAGGUAAUGAACGUGUUUCCAUGGAGGCGAAACUAAAUGAACCUUCGGACAAACCCAGCAGUGAUGUUGACCAUGACUGGUCAAGCAAGUAUGUCAUCACAUCUGUAAACAUUAGCCAUACUCAAUAGUUAACUACACUGCUGUAACCACCAUUUUACUACUACUGCUGGCAGCACUGCAACAACUUUACACUUGCAAAGCGGCUGUAGGAAGACACUGCACAG